AUGGCGAACAUCUUCCUCAUCACCAGUACAUCAAGAAGAGCAAAGAAAGCAAAGAACCCUGAAGGAAAGAGAUCAAAUUCAAAUACCAAUUCAGACAGUAACUUCUCAUGCAAGAAGCAUACCAAACACAUACAGUCUCCUGGAAUCUGUUCCCUCUGUCUCAACAAGAAGCUCUCUAAGCUAUCUUUAGAGUACUACGAGUACACUAAAAACGCAGCUGAAACGGCGUCGUCUUGCUGCUCAUCAUCAUCUACUACUUCCACGUCGGUGGUCUCGUCUUGUUACUCUUCUUCUUCUUCUGUCUCUUCUUGUUCGUCUCCUUUGCAAUGUCGGUAUAGAGAGAGGAAGAAGAAAGCUGGGAAAAAACAAAGCUUUUUGUUCAGAUUAUUGCUUGGAUCCAUUGUAGAUUAG